GAAGUAUGAAUGAUCAGUUGGAUUUUAAACGUUGUGAUUGAAUCUCCUGAAAAUAAUUGUCGCAAAAACGGAAAAUGCGUUGGCAAAUUUUAAGCUUUGUGUUAAUUUAUUUUACCGCUUCUAUCAGCAUUACACUAGGAGCUGCAAUCAACCAAUUGGAUGCCAAAAAGUUCAUCGCUGAUGCCAGCUCGCGUUAUUACAAGCUAUACAAUCAAAUUGCUGAGGAAACGUAUACCUCCUUAGAUGAUGAGGAUUUCGAAACGAUUUUCUCCAAACUGACUACCGUAAAGAGAAUUGCUGCUGAACUAGUUAAAAUCUCCGAAGAGGCUGGGGAAUUUGAUUUGGAGAAUAUUUCCGACGAGGAAGUUAAAGCAGCGUUGCAAAAUCUUCGUAGGGCUGGCGGACUUUUUGUCUUAGGAGAGGAUUACUUCUCGUCGGUGCUGAUAAACUUUGCAGCUCUUAAAGAACUUUCAACAGAUAGAGAUAUUGAACCUUAUUUGGGCGGCGCUAAUAUGCCUGAUCAAGACGGUAGUCCGCUGGCCUACUAUCCUGAUAUUCAAAAGAUUUUUCAGCAAAGCAAUGAUUCAGGGGAACUGAAAUAUUAUUGGGAGUCUUGGCGAGAAAAGAAUCUGGUGUGGUCUUCUGUAAAUUUUUAUACCAUCGUUGAAGCUUUCCAAAAAUCUGCCAAGAUCUUAGAUAUCCCGGUGCUUGAGUUCUGGUUUCGCUGCUACAACAAUAAAGAAUUUUUGCAAGAGAUGGACAAAGUGAUGGAAGAAAUUAAACCAGCAUAUAAGCAGCUACACGCAUUCGUUAGAAGAGAGCUCUAUACAAAGUAUGGGGCAGAGGUUGUCAACCCUAGAGGGCCAAUUCCAGACCAUUUAUUCCAACAAGUACGUGAGCAAGCGUGGCAGGCCAGCAGUGUUAUCGAACCGUAUUUUCCAAAGAAAACCCUUCCACCCUAUGACAGCUUUGUCCAACAUUUCGACCCAAAAGAAAUAAUAGACACAGCAGGAACCUUCUAUACAUCUCUUGGUUUCAAAGAGUUGCCGAGCACGUUUUAUCAACAACAAUUGAAAGAGCAAGACGAAAGUGCUGAGAGUGGGGAUUGCAGAGCUGACAUUUUCGAUUUGACCCCACAUGUUUACAUGAAGUACUGCAAGAAAGUGGAUUUCAGAAAGUUUUUGCAGAAUCACGGAUAUUUAGGACGGGUUCAUUACGCUAAAGAAAAGGAUAAUCUACCAUCGUACUUCUUCAGCUCUUAUGAUUUGGAGUACCCAGUGGGGGAAGCUGUUAUUUUAUCAGCGUCAACUCCAAAACAUCUUCAAACUAUCGGACUUUCCAAAGAUUUUCAGUUUUCAGAUCCCGUUUUAAUGAAUCGCCUUUUCAGAAUGGGCAUUCACACUUUGCUCAACAUUCCGUUGUACUUCGUACACACAAAAGUAAUGAAUGAUCUGUUUAAUGGUACAGUGGAAAUUGAAAGGAUAAACAAGCAUUAUUGGGAACUGAUGGAAAAAUUUGCCGGCGUUGAGCCACCUUCAGAUAGGUCCGAAAAUGCUAUAGAUUUCCCUUAUAGUUUUUAUAUGGAUAUGGAGCAAAACCAUCAAUCCAAAAAGUUCGUGUCCGAAGUUCUGGGAUACCAAUUUUACCGUGCGUUUUGCCGAGCGAGUCAACACAGAGGUUCUUUACAUAACUGCGACUUUUACGACAAUGUCGCAAUCGGCGAAGCCCUGAAGACAAUGAUGUCUCUGGGUUCUUCAAAACCAUUGCCCGAAACUCUGUCGAAGGUGCUAGGUAACGAAAACCGACUUAGCGGUGACGCCCUACUUGAUUAUUAUGCGCCUUUGUUGGACUGGUUGAAGACAAAAAAUCGUGAAUCGAAUGUCAAAAUCGGCUGGAAUCCAAGUCAAAAAAAAAUCCUUUAACCUACAUUUGGAAGAAUCUAACCAUAUUUAAAUUUAUGUGCACCAGUAUGGAUAAGAGAUAAAAGUUAUUGCUCCUGAAAAAGACGUAAGCAGACUAUCAUGGCAA